AUGCCGCCUGUAGAAUCGCUCUGCGAAUACUGCUCAAAGAUUCCUCCCGGUAAAUCCGCUCCCGGUCAAACCGAUGAGUGGACUCUGGGUUCUUGGGAAAGAGUUAAGAGGAGCAGCUGCGCUUAUUGUCGGAUUGUAGUUAGCGCCCUCCAAACUCUGUGGCAGACGGAGGCGGCUCCAGUAACUGGCGCAUUAUCAAACGGUAGUGAAGUAAAGCUCUACUGGUUCUCGGCCUCCGGCCCAGGCGGUCGAGGAGCUUUUACCAUCGAUCCCGCAGGCCUCCAGAGCUGGAUUUGCAUGGCCGCUAUAGUACGAAAUACACCGUCAACCAUCCAGACUCACUAUUUGAAACCCGUGAUCGAGGCUGAAUUUGAUGUUGGUCGGCUUUCGGAGUGGAUCUCAAUUUGUUCCCAGGCUCACUCUGAACGAUGCACCCUCAAAGCUCUGGAUUUCGAGCGAAGCUUCCCGGGACUUGACUUUUUGCGGUUCAUCGACGUGAGGCAGGAUUCGAUUGUCGAACUCCGCACGGUGCCAAGAUACUUGGCCCUGAGCUAUGUCUGGGGUGAAGUAGCGAACGUCAGGCUAACUACCGGCAACCGGCUUAGCCUCUUGCUUCCAGGAGCUAUUCGCAAGAUUUGGUAUAAGAUUCCUCAGACAAUCAGGGAUGCUAUUGAGCUUGUGCGAAGAUUAGAUGCUCGGUAUCUCUGGGUGGAUACGUUAUGCUUAAUGCAGAAUGACCCAACAGACCUAACAAGCGGGGUCAAUGUCAUGGAUCAAGUAUAUGAGCGAUCUUGGGUGGCUAUCAUUGCAGCUAGCGGCCAUAACGCGAAUGCUGGUCUACCGGGUAUCCGAGAAGGAAGCCGGUUUGUGAGCAGGGCUACGAGGAUCACUGGCGAAGUAUCUGUGGGCCUAUAUGUGCCGCUCGACCGGCUUUUGAAGCGCUCAGUCUAUACCUCGAGAGCUUGGACAUUUCAAGAGGAGCUGCUUCCCCGGCGUGCAGUAUAUUUUACUGAGAAGCGGGUGUUUUUUCGUUGCAGAGAGGACAUGUAUACUGAGCAGCUUCUUGACCAGCGCCCAAGAGGAGGGGAGCCACUAUAUAUGAAAGAUGACAUCUGGUCAUCCAUGCUGCCUGGGACAGCGACUAUGGACACACCUAUGGCGGACUUUGAAGUCAUGCUCUUGUACUACACUCCAAGAGCCCUCACCAAUCCGAAUGAUAUCCUUCGCGCUCUCGCUGGGAUAAUUCGGCGAUUAUCAGAGAGGGCAAAAUGUCGAUUUUUUGAAGGCAUUCCCACAGCUGCCUUCGAUGCCUUUAUUGUCUUCAAAGCCCAUUACUUUGUCCUCCAUCGGCGAGUAGGGUUUCCGAGCUACUCUUGGACUGGUUGGAAGGGUGGAAUCAGUGCAGAAGGGCGUAAUCACCGCGCAUUUGGAAAUUUGAACAAGUGGCUGGAGGAAGAUACGUGGAUUAUUUGGUACAAGAGGAGCGCUACCGGUGUGCCUAAUCUCGUUUGGGACUCUUCUGCUAAUGAGACUUUCCCUCUCAAUGACUCCAGUUAUGAUGGGUACCGCCGAAGACGCUCAUUUCAAGCCCCAGCAGAACUUCACAUAUCAUCGAAUCGAACAUAUCCGACAGAAGCUCUUUCAUUUGAGUUGCCUGCUAUUCGGUUCCAUUUCCUGCAGUUCUGGACUCUGUCUGUCUACUUUAAGUUAGGGACAAAGGAUUUAUUCGCAGCAGAGGCGCGUAUUCUAACCGCAAAGGGCAGCGAGGCGGGCAUGAUAGAUCUAAAUGGAAUUGAAGAGAGUACCUUUUUUGACUCUCAAACCCCUUUUGAGUUUAUACUCCUAUCAAGCGCUUGGACCGACGAUGAUCAUGAAGUUGGAAACAAACUAGUACAUUCGAAAUAUUUCAUCAUGCUACUGGAAUGGAAUGGGCCUGUUGCAGAAAGGAGAGGGUUGGGCCUUAUUGAUAAGACCGCUAUUCUUGACAGCUUCUCGCCUGGCCCGCAAUGGAAAGAGAUUAUACUUGGUUAA